CUAGUGCACAUCAUUGUCAAUUGUAGAAGUACAGCGCCAGCAUAGCACCGUUCAUUCAUUCACCCUCUCCCCCUCUCCAAUCCCCCAUUAAUCCCCACUCUCCAUCUCCAUCUCCAUCUCCAUCUCCAUCUCCAUUUCCACACCCCCAAAAGCUUCGAUCGCCAUGAGCCCCGCGGUGACCAAGUCCCCUCCAACCCUCGUCCCCCCCGCGUCGCCGACCCCGGCCUCCACGCUCCUCCUCCCCCUCUCCUCCAUCGACCGCGCCGCCAACGCGCGCGUCUCCGUCGAAUUCAUCCAGGUCUUCUCCCGCGGCGGCGCCGCCGCCGUCGCCGCCAUCAGAGAGGGCUUCGCCCGCGCCCUCGUCCCCUACUUCCCCGUCGCCGGAAGGAUCGUCGAGAGCGUCCCCGGCGAGCCCAUGGUCGAGUGCUCCGGCGACGGGAUCUGGUUCGUGGAGGCGGAGGCCGAUUGCGCCCUGGACGACGUGAACCAGCUCGAGCGCCCCCUCAUGAUCCCUAGAGAGGAGCUCCUCCCUCGCCCUCCCCCCGAGGUGAAGCUCGAGGAAGCCAUCCUCAUGGCGCAGGUGACGGUAUUCAAGUGCGGCGGAAUCGCGGUCGGCAUCUGCUUCAACCACCUGGUGUUCGACGGCCAGGGCGCGGCCCAGUUCAUGAAAGCCGUCGCCGAGAUGGCGAGAGGCCUCCCGGAGCCAUCGGUUGCGCCGGUCUGGUGCCGCGAUGCCAUUCCGGACCCCCCCAAGAUCCCCCGUGGUGGCCCGCCGCCGUCCUUCCCAGCCUUCAAUUUCGUCACCUCCUUGAUCGAGAUCUCGUUGGAGAGCAUCAACCGCACCAAGAGUGACUUUGCGGCCGCCACGGGCGACAAGUGCUCGACCUUCGACGUCGUCACCGCGAUGCUCUACAAGUGCCGCGCCAAGGCCAUUAACCUACCCCCCAAUGCUGAGGUCCACCUAAGCAUUACGGCUAGCACCCGCCACCUGCUGCACAGCGUGCUGCCGUCGGUCGAAGGCUACUACGGCAACUGCGUGUACCCCGUGGGGAUCACAAGGACGAGCGAGGAGAUCGACAACGCAUCGAUUGUCGAGAUCGUGGCCAUGAUCAGGGACGCGAAGGCGGCGCUCUCGACGCGGUUCAUCGACUGGAUGAACGGAGGGGCCAAGGACAACCACUACAACGUGCCACUGGACUACGGCACGCUACGAUUGGCGGAUUGGAGCCGUCUCGGGUUCAACGAGGUUGAUUACGGAUGGGGGAAGCCGAGCUACGUUUUCACGCUGAACGACGACGUGAACAUCGUCGCAGCAGCGAUAUAUCUGAAGCCGCCCACACCGAAGCAGGGGAUCAGAUUGAUGCUGCGCUGCGUCGAGAAAGAGCACUCUGCUGUGCUCUGUGAAGAGCUGCUGAAGUUGGCGUAGGGGAAAUUCAAAGAAUUUGUGCAACUAAGAAUCUGAAUAUGACGAAAAUAAGUUGCUUGUUCAUUUUGUCGGUGAUGUACUAUUACAGGUCGAAGUGUAUAACAUUAGAGACGCGAAAUUUAUUUGGAUUGAUACAAAUUGUGCUUGUUUUUCCAAGAAUAGAAUUUGCCUUUUGACUUUA